CUGGGGAUCCUACUUAGGCAGCCCUUUUCCCCUCCUUUCAAUCAGAGACAAUGAUGGACAGCUGUCCCUGAUUGAGAACCAUACCCGGCCAAAACAUAGAAAUAACAAAACAUAGAAAUCAGACGAUAGAAUGCCCACCCAAAUCAAGCCCUGACAAAACCAAAAUAGACAGUACCCCCCCGCCCAAAGGUGCGGACUCCGUUCGCAAAACCUGAACCUAUAGGGGAGGGUCCGGGGUAGCGGCUCUGAUGCGGGAUGUAGACCCCCUCUACCUCUGGCUCACCUCACUUUGGUAGCGCCUCUGGUGUGGGGACCCUCGCUGCCGACCCCGGACUGGGCACCCUCGUUGCGGGCCCCGGACUGGGAACCCUUGCUUGAGGCCCCCGACUGGCCCGUGGAGCUGGCACCGGACUCACCAGGCUGGUGAGACUGGUCCGUGGAGGAGGCACAGGAUGAACCGGCUGUGGGGGAGCACUGGAGUUCUGGUGCUUAGCACUUGCACCGCUCCUCUUGGCAGCAUGUGAAAGCUACCUGUGUUGCUCAUAUUUAGUUUUUGGUGUGUUCUAAUAGAACUGUGUCCAAAUAGAAUUUCUAUUUGUCAUCCUGAUUUCCUGGCUGGAAGGGAUCAACUCCCAUGGGAACAGGUGGAGGCAAAUAGGAGAGCAGAAGCAGCCGGAGAGAGGAGCCGGCGAUAUGAGGGAACACGGCUGGCAAGGAAGCCCGAGAGGCAGCCCCGAAAAUGUAUUUGGGGGGGCACACUGGGAGUGUGGCGAAGCCAGGUAGGAGACCUGCGCCAACUUCCUGUGCUUACCGAAGAGCGAGAGAGACCGGGCAGGCACCGUGUUAUGCUGUGGAGCGCACUGUUUCCCCGGUGCGGGUGCAUAGCCCGGUGCGGUACAUUCCAGCUCCUCGUAUCGACCGGGCUAGAGUGGGCGUCGAGCCAGGUGCCAUGAAGCCGGCUCUACGCAUCUGGUCUCCAGUGCGUCUCCUUGGGCCGGCGUACAUGGCACCAGCCUUACGCAUGGUGUCCCCGGUUUGCCAGCACAGUCCACCGGGAGCAUUCAACCAGGUAAGGUUGGGCAUGCUCGGUGCUCAAGAGCUCCAGUGCGCCUGCACGGUCCGGUCUAUCCAGUGCCACCUCCAUGCACCAGCCCUCCGGUGGCAGCCCCCCGCACCAGGCUGUCUCUCGGGCUUCUGCCUACAGGGUCUUCCGCCUGUCCAGCGCUGCCAGAGCCUUCCUCCUCUCCAGCGCUGCCAGAGCCUUCCGUCUGUCCAGAGACAGUCGCCCAUCUGUCCAGAGCUGCUGGAGUCUCGCGUCUGUCCAGAGCUGCUGGAGUCUCGCGUCUGUCCAGAGCUGCUGGAGUCUCGCGUCUGUCCAGAGCUGCUGGAGUCUCGCGUCUGUCCAGAGCUGCUGGAGUCUCGCGUCUGUCCAGAGCUGCUGGAGUCUCGCGUCUGUCCAGAGCUGCUGGAGUCUCGCGUCUGUCCAGAGCUGCUGGAGUCUCGCGUCUGUCCAGAGCUGCUGGAGUCUCGCGUCUGUUUGUUUAAUUUAUUCAAAUUCUCCCAGAAGUGGUUUGAUUCUAUGGAUUCCUCAAUUCCAUCCAGCUGGUUUCUAAUGUUCUGUUCCUCUGUUCUCAGGGUGUGUUUGUAUUGCUUCAGUGUUUCCCCAUAUUGAAGGCCUAUAUUUUUGUUGUCUGGUUCUCUGUGUUUUUGAUUAGAUAUAUGUUUCAAUUACUUUCUUAGAUUUUUGCAAUCAUUAUCAAACCAUUUUUCAUUAUCUGUUAUUUCUAGUU